AUGUUCUAUUCCGAGACUCUCCUUUCGAAGACGGGCCCCUUGGCCCGGGUCUGGCUGUCCGCCAAUCUCGAGCGCAAGUUAUCCAAGAAUCACAUUUUGCAAGCUAGUGUGAAGGACAGCGUCGAUGCGAUUGUCACCCCAGACCAAGCCCCGAUGGCUUUGCGACUGAGUGGCCAGCUUCUGUUAGGUGUUGUUAGGAUCUAUAGCCGUAAAGCGCGUUAUUUACUCGACGACUGCAAUGAAGCUCUUCUGAAAAUAAAAAUGGCGUUUCGCGUAUCCGGAAAUAAUGAUAUCCCCUCUGGCCUGCACAUGCCCUCUCGGGACGCGCUCAUGCUCCCUGAUGUAUUGACCGAGGGCGAUAACCUGGAAAUGCCACCGAUGCCGGACGCGUCAUUCCUUCUUUCGCAGAUGGACGAUGACUCUCACCUGGGCCGGAGGCGGCGAGCCGGGAGUCGCGAUAUCAACCUACAGGAGGACUACAAUGGCAGCCAAUUCUUGCAGAAUAGCAUCGAGAAUCAAACCGAGGAAGAUUUCGCCCCCCUUGACGAUCUAGACCUUGGCUUGGAUUUUGGACUUGACCUUCCGGAUCUUAAUCUCAAAAAUGACCGGAGUGUUGAAAUUGGACGAGACGCGCCCACUGCGCGUGCAGCAGAGGAUGAUCUUUUGAGUGAGCUCGACAUUCAACUACUAGCGAAGGACACGGUCAAUGCUGGAGAGGAGCAUGACACGUCCUUAAACCUUGGUUUCGAUGACGACAACGAUGCCGUUCGCAUAGACGAAGAAGGAAAUAUUGAAAUGUUUGAUGCGUUCGAUCAGCCGGAUGUCUCUACUCUCCCGGGUGCCCCACUGAUCCGACCCGAACGGAUCUCCGAGUCUCCCCUUUCAGAUAUCGACGAGACCGUCGUUGAGCAAAUAGAGGCCGAACGACGCAACAACCUCAGCUUGUACGAGCCUGGAGAUGUAACUGAGGAGCCACUCGUUCGCAACCCGGCUCAGCGCGCCAGAAAACAAAAACUCCUACAGCCAGACCCCCAAACCACCAUCUCCAACGCACAGAUUAAGGACCAACAGCAAAAUCGUGAGAAGAUCCUCCGGCCUCAAUCGUUUCUCCCUCGGGAUACCGAACUACUGGCGCUGAUGGAAAUGCAAAAGAGUGGAGGCUUCGUGUCAAAUAUCAUCGGCGAUGGUCGAAGCAUGGCUUGGGCUCCCGAGCUCCGAGGCAUGCUAUCACUCAAUGCGGUACGCAGGACGGGCGAGCUUAAGCGGAAGCGUGACAGUGGAAUUGCAGACAUGGAUGGCGAUGAAGGCCCGCAAAAGUCCCCACGUCUUGAUCUUCGCGAAGAAGAGGACGAGCUCGUUGGCGGACUACAUGAUGCUGGCUUGGGUCAUCCAAGAAGUUCGAUUGCGCCAGAUGGCACGAUCAUUGAGAUGGCUGGCGAUGAAGGCUUCGUGCCGAACAUGGAGGACGAUGAACACAAUGCAACUGCCGGCCUGGACCCAGAAUCUCCAGGUGCCAAUUUUGACGAGACCACCGCACCUCUAGUCCACCCAGCCGAUAGUGGCCCUGUGUCGCUAGGCACAAAACAUGCAGUCCAUCUACUCCGAGACCGGUUUGGGUCGGAGGCAGCUAGUAGCCCCGACAAGCGAAAGAAAGCCAGUGUUCUAUUUCAAGAUCUCUUACCAGAAAGAACGACGAGUCGCGCCGAUGCUACAAAGAUGUUCUUUGAAGUUCUGGUAUUGGCAACUAAGGACGCGGUGAAAGUUGAGCAAGCCGAGUCUCAGCUUGGCGGACCUAUUAGAGUGAGGGGGAAGAGGGGGUUAUGGGGAGAUUGGGCAGAGACAGGAGCCGGUGGUGAGAUUGCCGAAGAAGAGGCCGCGAGUCCUUCGCACGGCCGUCUGGAGUAUUCAACCGCUCUGGCCGUUUCCGCAUAG